AUGAGCUCGCAUGAUUUAUUAUGUAAGGCAUUCCCGGAGUACAAGUUUGCGUACUCAGUUCAUGAUCACCAUACUGGUGAUGUGAAAUCUCAGCAUGAGUUCCGUCAUGGAGACGUGGUGCAGGGUGGAUAUGAGCUAAUUGAACCAGACGGCCGCCAGAGGAAAGUCGAAUACAAAGCUGACGAUCAUUCCGGAAAAAAUUAUCACCAAGAAAACCAUGUUCAAAAUUAUGAAGUAACCGAGAUUAUUGAAAAAGAAGAAAUGGUAAAUUUAGAAAAAUAUAAAGGAAAUGAAAACAAUAAUGAACAAGAAAAGAACGAACAAGAAAAUAAAGAGCAAAAGAAUAAUGAGAAAAAAAGUUAUGAGCAAGAAAAUUAUGAGCAAAAAAAUGAUGAGAAAAAAAAUUAUGAGCAAGAAAAUUAUGAGCAAAAAAAUUUUUACCCCGAAGAAAAUGAAUUAAAAAAACAGGAAGAAAAUAAUGGCAAAGAAGGUUACAAUUCAGUGGAACAAAACAAAGAAGAAAAUAAAAAUGAAAAUAAGGAACAAAAAGGUGAUGCAGGUGAUAAUAAUGAAGCCUUAAAUGAAAAAGCUCAGAAAGAAUCAGAUGACAAUUGUAAAUGUAAUGAACGCAAUAAAAAGGACCAUGACAGUCAAAUAAAUAAUGGAGGAAAAGACAAUAAUAAUGAUAGAGAGAUGAGAACACGUAGUAAACGCAGAAACAAUGUCCGCGGUCUCAACACCAAGAAAAGAAAUAAUUUAGAAACGCUGAAAACUGUUGAAUCAGAUCAAAAGAAUUAUCGAAGAUCGAGAGCAAAUAUUGUAAAGAAAAAUAUCCAAAGCGAAAACAUAAACGAUGGGAAAAAGGAAGUUGAAAGUUCCCAGUACGGCAAACGAACACAAGAAGCUGAAAACAGUUCUGUAAAAGAAUCUGACCCUGUUGUUCAAAAUGAAAAUGAAGACAAAAUAAUACAAGAUGUAUACAGCCCUGAUUAUUAUGAGCCGCAUAUUAUAUUGGACUAUAGAUAUCUCAAGACUGGCGGGAGAGGUUACGCUCGGAGUGAUGGAGGCCAAGUUUUAAUACUACCUAGAAGAAACCACAUGCCGUCCCCUCAUAACAACUACGAUACACUCCUAGAAUAUCUCCGCUUAAAACAUUUGAAAGAAAUAAGUCAGCCUUACCAGCCGAAUUCUAGACUUAAUAAAAAUCACAGAGAAAUUUUGAUUGAAAAUAGAAACAACGACAGGAAUGAAUACAUGGAAAAUCCACAUCGUUAUAACAGAAAAAUGAGUCGACAUGACGCAGAAGAACGAUUCAAAUCGGACGCUGAGUUGGGCUCGUUCCUUUUAAAGCAUGAACAUUAA